AUCGUUGCCCUCGCCAGCAUGGCUGGUGUUGCCCUUGCCCAGGGCGUCACCUCUGCCAUCGCCCCCUCUGCGACCGCUCCUGCUGGUUGCUCUGCUUCGUACGAUGGAACCUUUGAGAUCACUGUCGCCAAGGUCGAGAAUGCCAAGAAGCGCUCUGAGCCCAUCGCCAAGCGCGCUUCUUGCUCUGACUCGGGUACUCUGGUUGCCAGCCUCUCUGGCGGCAUCCUGACCGACGCCGAGUCGCGCACUGGCUACAUCGCCAGCAACUACCAGUUCCAGUUUGACGACCCUCCCCAGGCCGGUGCCAUCUACACCGCAGGCUUCUCCUCCUGCAGCAACGGUUCCCUGGCCCUGGGCGGAUCCGCCGUCUGGUACGAGUGCGAGUCUGGUGACUUCUACAACCUGUACGACCGCAACUGGGCCGCCCAGUGCUCCCCCGUCGAGAUCAUCAUCAUGCCCUGUGGCGGCACCGCCUCCGAGACUGGCGAUGGCCAGGUUGUCGGAACCCAGGUUGUCACCACUACCAUCGUGAGCGCCAUCUCCGACGGACAGCCCCAGGUCAAGACCACCACCACUGGUGUUCCUCUGUGCCAGGUU